CGCGAGGCGCGGCGCUACUACCGCAGGAAGGUGGCCCGCUGGAACAGGAGACACAAGCUUUACCGACAGGAGCUCAACCUCACGUCUCCUGCCGCCCUGCUGCAGCUGAAGAUGGAGGCCAGCUGGCUCCAGUUCCACCUGGGCAUCAAUCGCUACGGGCUGUAUUCACGGUCCAGCCCUGCCGUGACCCAGCUGCUCCGCGACAUGCAGGAUUUCAGCAUGAUCAGUGCCGAUUACAGUCAGGAUGAGAAAGCUUUGCUGGGAGCCUGCGACUGCACCCAGAUCGUGAAGCCCAGCGGUGUGCACCUGAAGCUGGUUCUCCGGUUCCAAGACUUCGGCAAGGCCAUGUUCAAACCCAUGAGGCAGAAACGCGAGGAAGAGACUCCAGAAGACUUGUUCUACUUCGUUGACUUCCAGAGGCACAACGCGGAGAUAGCUGCCUUCCACCUCGACAGGAUCCUGGAUUUCCGGCGCGUGCCCCCCACCGUGGGCAGGCUGGUCAACGUCACCAAGGAGAUCCUGGAGGUCACCAAGAACGAGAUCCUGCAGAGCGUCUUCUUUGUCUCGCCAGCCAGCAACGUGUGCUUCUUCGCCAAGUGCCCAUACAUGUGCAAGACGGAGUACGCGGUGUGCGGGAACCCGCACCUCUUGGAGGGCUCCCUGUCAGCCUUCCUGCCCUCCCUCAACCUGGCGCCCCGGCUCUCCAUUCCCAACCCCUGGAUCCGCUCCUACUCGUUCGCUGGGAAAGAGGAGUGGGAGGUGAACCCGCUGUACUGCAACACGGUGAAGGAGGUCUACCCCUACAGCAGCGGCAGCCGGUUGCUCAACAUCAUCGACAUGGCUGUCUUCGACUUCCUCACAGGCAACAUGGACCGGCAUCACUACGAGAUGUUCACCAAGUUCGGGGACGACGGCUUCCUGCUGCACCUGGAUAACGCCCGUGGCUUUGGAAGACAUUCCCAUGACGAGCUCUCCAUCCUGGCUCCUCUGGCCCAGUGCUGCGUGAUCAAAAGGACGACACUGCUACGGCUGCAGCUGCUGGCGCUGCCCGAGUACCAGCUCAGCGAUGUCAUGAGGGAGUCACUCCUGCAGGACCGCCUGGCGCCCGUGCUGGCCGAGCCCCACCUCCUGGCUUUGGACCGGCGGCUGCAGCUGAUCCUGCAGGCAGUGCGGACGUGCAUAGACGCGCACGGAGAAGGCAGCGUUGUAGUCAACGACACACAAACGUGGGAGAGGCCCACAGCUGAGAGCACAGCGCAGACCAGGUAGAGCUGAGACCGGCAGCAGGGGAGAGCCCCUGGGAGCUGGGUAGUGAUAAUUCUCCAUAGACACAAGCCUGUUGGAUUCAGAGGAGAGGCUGCAAGACGGACUCCCAUGUUCACGCCAGACCUCGGGGGCAACACUGCCCAGCUGCAGCUUGGGUGCUUGGGGUAAAACUUUUGCUAAGUCCACGUGUAGGCAAGAGCCUGGCCUUGACCUGGAUUCAUUCCUCCACCUGCUGCCCUUCAGAGAGGCAUCGGAGGCUCCAUCUGCUCUGUAGCAGCUGGGCAGGCCUCUGCGGAAGAGCACGGGCAUCGGCUUGCUGAACUGGCAUGGGCCUAGUCUCAUCACUGAAGGACAAAACCAGGUCCCAGAGAGGCUUGAAUAAAAAGCCGCUGAAAGGGCAGCGUGUUUGGCAAGUCUGUUCCAUCAGCACCUUCGUGCAGUUGCAUCAAAAAGUCUUUAGCCCCGAGGGCCACGUCUGUCACUCUCUGACUCAGCUCAUCCCGAGCCAAGACCUGCCUGUGCAGCGCGUGGGCAGCCCGGCUCCUCCAUCGCCCCCUGCGGCACCCGUGGGUGGGAAGGGAAUUGUGGUCAGGGCGAUAAAGGAGGCAGGUGAGCACGGACAGUCAGGGCCCGAGGGAAGCCCUGUGGGCAACCAAGAACCUAGCUGGCAGCCCUGGGAGCCACAGCUUGAAAUACCAACACAUGUGCCAGUGAUUUUAAGCCACCCAUGAGAAGAUGCAGGAAAGCAGCAACAUGUAUUGUUCCUGUUCCCUGCCCCCCAGGCCCAUUUCAAAAAAGGGUCUUAGGAAUUGGAGAGCAAAGCACGUAGGAAGCCAGUUAGGCACAGCCUGGCAAUUGAUUUGCUGGGCAAGCGUCCCCUCGCCUCCCAGGCAUUAGCACAUUUUCAUCACCGAGUCUCUUAAUCAGCUUCUCCCCAGCAGCUUCCCAUUGCUCUAAGCAUGAAGCCAACCCUGCUCUUUGGCAGCCAAAGGAAAGCACAGGGGAACUUGGUGCCGGGUCUGACAUUGCUUUCAUCGUUUCACUGCUGAAACAGAGGGCAGCGAGGAUCAGGCGUUAGUUGCUUUGCCCUGUGGCACCAUUAGGAAAUGCUCAUUUUGCUACAAGCUCAUUCUAACCCCAUUUCCAACUUCAAAAAAAAAAAAAAAACCAGCUCGAGUGCGCUUGUUCAGUCUUCCAACACCUUUCUGCAACGUGUCUGAUCCUGAGAGCAGCAAGCCCUUGCAAACAGAUAUGCAUUUCAGUUGGAGUUUAUUCUAGCUCUCUUGCUAGCUGGAGUGCAGGUGUGCACACUGAUGCAGUCUCAGUGAGGAGGGGAGAAGAACAAGGCACUGAUCCCUGGGGAGCUGCGAUGGCUGAGGAAGUUUGAGCAGCUUUGAUUUUUAAAGGUGCUGUGUUUCGUGCUGACUAGCAGACACCAAAGGAAAGUGCCUACCUGGCUGGACUCUGGCUUCCACCAUGUCUCACCGCUCUGAACUUGAGAGCAGGUUUUUUAAGUGUAACUGGCUCAGGUCCCCCUUUCAGGUAGCGUUGAGAAAAAACCAGCUUUCCACCGCUUGUGCCAACUGUGGUGUAGCACAGAGUGGGAAUAAAUAAAAGGACAUGAUGGACCUUCA